AUGGCAAUGGUGAAUGGCUCUCUCAACCAUGCAACGCCCAAAGUCAGCGAAGACUCUCUCCCAAGGGGCCAUACUCCGCUAGCGCAUUCAGCGCGCAAGGUGAUCAAUCAUUCGUAUUCACCAUAUGCCUCUUCUCCUUCGACAGAUAGAUUUGGUCAGGUAGGCUAUAAAGAUAGCAUCGAAAAAGCUCGCCGUGCCAAAGCAGAAAAUGAGCUCAGUCUUCACGAAGAACGCAUGCUGCGCGAAAAGGAGGAGGAGGUAAAGCAAAGAAGAAUGAGGCUAGAGAGGAUUGACGCUGCGCGCCGCAGGGAAGAGGAGCAAAAGCGUAGUGGAGAGGAACUUGGAGCCCAGCUCCUUGAAACAUUGAAGCAGCAGGUGACCGCGAGAAUGGAAGCUCAAUUUCGAGACGCAGUUUGGGCGCAGGCUGAGAAAGACCAACAAGCUUGGUAUGAAGAACACAAGCAACUGGAACAAAUGAAAAUCAAAGCAGCCUGGAGGACGGAACUUGAGCCGGUUGUGAAGGCGCAACUAACGCUUGAUAACAUCGCCGAAGUCAAGGAGCAGCUGAUGACGGACUUGAGACUUGAAGUCACGAGCACACUAAGGGAUCAGUUCGAACAUCAAAUAGAAGCAGAAGUCAGGCAAGACCUUAGAACGAAACUGACUGUUGAGGUCCGCGGGCAAAUCCGUGAUGAAAACACUUCAGCCAUUAUCGAUACCCUUCGCCAUGAGCUCCACGACACAGUAUCUGAAAAACUUCGAGAGGAGCUUAGGCCACAAGUGAUUGACGAGCUGCGCGAGGAACAGAUUCGCAAUCAAGAAAAUGAAGUUUCUGCUCCUCCAGUGGAUGAUGGCCCCCCACAACCCGACAAUAACUAUUCGCCACCGCAAUCAUUGCAGAAUAAUGAACUUUCGCCCCAAAAUGAUACGGAGACGCUCCGUCACCCAGACCUUGACGAGGUAGCUUAUCCGGAAUUGAUGACUGAUACACCCCAGUCGAAGGCGAGCGAGGAUGCAGACUUCGAUAACAUAGCGAACGAGCCAUUUGGAGCAAUUUCAAGUGAUCACACAGAUGAGAAUAACGCAGACAUCACACGAGCGGGUGUUGUUGUCCAAGGUGAAGAAUCAAGCCAGGAAGUGUUCGAAAGUGCGCCUUCGAAAGCUAAUGCAGCUAGCUAUGGAGACGAGGAACUGAGGAGGGCGAAGACGCCCAGGCUCGACCAAAAUCAACAUUUCGACAACGGCGUUCUUCGGCUCUCACAUCCAGCAUCCGCGGAAGGACAACGUGACGCUAUUGAUGCCGAUAUGAAAUCCAAAUACGUUGAUUUAGACGAGGAAGAGGAAUCUGACGAGGAGUCCGAAGAGGGUUCUGAGCGAGAAGAAGUUGACACUGCACGGCAAACAAGUUCGAAGGACCACCGUUUUGAUCCAGCAGUCCACGACAUCAAAUUUUCCUCAUCUCCAGCUCCACCCGUUCCCACAUCGGCUAUAAAACGCUCUUUGAGUGGAGUAAACGACGCAGACGAUCUAGAUCCACCGAGUGCUAAGCGACCACGCAACACGAAUGUCGCCUUCAGUAGUAAGAUCAGGUCUAAUCGCACUUCCGACGACGGACUUGUCGAUGAGAGUGACUUAGGGAGUGAAGAGGAUGGGCUAGGAAGUGAAGUCGAGGAUGCGGGUGAAAUGGAAGCAUCCGAGUCUGAACUCGGGGAGAUGCUUGGUGUCGAGGACGACCUUGACGGACAGCGCCCUAUAUAUCCACGUUCCGACCCAACGGAUACCGGCUACUACCUUGACGAUGAUGAUAGUGAGGAGGACGAGGAAGAGGACGAGGAGGAUGAGGAAGAGGAAGACGCCGGGUCUGGCGAGCAAGAAUAUGCGACUGCCGCUCCCCUAAUUCAGUAUACAAAUACUCAAGAAACGGCAAUUGCACUUGACUCAUCUGACGAUGAGGCUGAAGGAGAUACCACUCUGGUCGAAGAGGGUGGGUUCAUCGCCGUCAACAAGAAACAGUCCGUGCCGUGA